AUGCAUCAUCACCCUUCUCAGCGGCUCCCAGGCACUCCUCUUGCUCGUUUGUCUAUAGUCAAGUUCUCCCAUGUCACCACAUCGCUCACCCACAGCGGUCCAUUAAACUGGAGCCACCUAAUAGGAAACAAUGACCUUAUCGCCACGUUUGAGAGAUCCCAAUCCGCAAAGCUGAUGUCUGAGAGCAUCAUCCUCAGGAUCUUUCGCUUCCAGGAUACCAUGGAGGAACUCGAUCUCUCCUUUUGCGCUAUUGACGCAGCGAGCAUCUCGGCACAAACAAGCCCGACCCAAGCAUCAAAGCCCGUCUUUGCCGUCGUCGUGAAGCCGCCCUGCCUGGCAGUGAAAUAUCCUCGAGGAAACAUGAUCCGACGAUUUCAGAUCAAGUUCUCGGCUGAACGGGACUACUAUGCCGCUCUGGCCAUUCUCAGCGAGAUAAAUUGCCCAUUCUCUGAAGCCAAUGCCGCUCCUACCCGCAAGCACACGUCCUCGCAGUGGGAUCCAGGGUCCUUUAGACCCAGUCACCCAUACUGUGCCACGCAUACAAACCGCACGCUCGCUUCGUACAUGCCUAUGAACGGCAACCUCAAACAACCCCUGGAAGGCCAGCUUCUACCCCCAGCCCUACAGGAUCAAGCCAGCCCGGAGGGUGACCCGUCCAGACCGUCCACCGCCACACUGACCCAUGAGAUCCCAAGCCUGGACCCGCCUCCUGUCAGGGUACUACCGUUCGCCAGACCGCUUGCGAAGAGGGCGCAUACCAUAACCACGGCAAGUGAUAUGCCGGCCCUGGGAAGCAGAGGUAGGGGAGAUCCACAGUCGAAUAGUCAUGCGACGCUCACGUCUCCGCUGCUAGUGCCCUCCCUCCAUCCUGCACCAACUGGUUUGCCUCCUACUUCAAAUCAGACACAACCUCUGUUAUCGAAACCCUCAACCUCAACCCCAACAGAUACCCCCCGGGUUAUCGUGCUGAGAUACGCGAACCCACCAGCACAAGACCAAUCGCCAGUAACCACAGCCAACUCACCCCAAGCGCACCCUGUCCCUGUAGCUAGCAAGACUCCAGUCCCUCGGCAUUCAGAUCGCACUACUGUUCCAGUGAGCAUUAGCGCGUCAGAUCCUUCUCACGAGCAGCACCAGACACACAACACCCGUGGGCCAACCAUGGAAAACAAUAUCCCCUCCAUCACAAAAACAGCAGCAGCAGCAGCAGCAGCAGAGAUACCGCAACGCGACCCACCCCAUGAAAGUCCGUACCUCGCGACUCGCGAGGAUCUCGCAUCGUACGGCUCGACCUCCACAACGGAGCGCAUGCAACUCGUCGAGGCCUGGACGUGGAGGGCAUAUGGCGGCGAAUGGAGCUGGGGCUGGGCAAGAGGGGCACGUGAAGUGCCCGGUGUAGGAUGUUCCAGAGACAUCCCAAUAUUCCAAGAUAUGUGUCGGCUCUAA